AUGUCGUUCAGUGUCGGUGGCAGUGAUGUGAUCGUGGGUCUGAAAGUCGCCUGGCAGAUUUAUCAAUGGGGAUUUGUAGACGAGAACAGAGCAGAUGUGCGCUACAAGAACUUUCAAAAUGACAUCUUCAACUUUCGAUACCUUCUCGAGAGACUUAACGAAUCUCUUCAGAAUGCACAGCUUCGCUAUCAGAACCGGGGUCCCGUUUUUGGUGUUCAACCAUACGAACCGCUCGGAUCUGACUUCGAAGAAGAGAGAAAGGCCAUUGUCGGCAAUUUCCUAGCAACGCUGAAGGAAUGUGAGACCUUGCUAGAGGGGAACAGACACUUUCGUGAGAGAUGCAGCAAUGUCUGGGAGAACUUGCACUACAACCUCUCGCAGCAAGAGCCACGGGUCGAUCUUCUUCGCCGGCGUCUACACUUUCAUUCCGAAAAGAUCAGACUGGUGCUCGAUUGGUUGUCUGUCAACUUGCUCACCGACAUGGAUGCCAAAGUCGACGAUAUCCUUGCCAUGUCAGAGCAGAACCUGCCGGUAUCGCGGGAGAUACAAGUCGAGCUGAGCCGCAUCCGUGCGUCUUGGUUGGGCUAUGUCUCAGGUAACGGUGUGACAGAUGCGGCAUCAUCGGCGGAUUACCACACUGUGAGCAACAGAAUCGCAGAGCGCUUGCAGGAUCAGAUCUUGGUCGAUGCUCCACCUGGCAUCCAGUCACCAUCCCUUUGCCACAAGGUUUUGAUGUACUUCUCCAACACUUCGAACAAAGUAUGGAAGGCUCAGAUCAAACACCCGAGAAGUAUCUGCAAUUCUUGA